GAUAAUGAUUUAUGAGUCAUCGUAUGAAUGUGGCGGUCGUCCAUUUAUACCCGAUUUAAAACGAGGAUAUUGGUCUAAGGCCAGUGAUUUUCUCUAUGCUGGCCUUAGCAUUGGAUUUCGUUUAGAUGUCUUUGCCCUAACAUGGAUUGCCAAGGUGGAAACGGGAGUCAGCGGUUUUCUACCAGCAUAUUUGGUCAGUCUAGCAUCGUAUGUCGUGCCAUUGCUGGUGGUCAAAUCAUUUUUGGGUCAAUUUUCAAGUAGUGGAUUUAUAUCAGCCUUACGAUUGUGUCCAUUGUUUAAAGGCAUUGGUUAUGUUUCCUUGUUCCUGAACGCAUGUGUCCUGAUCUAUUACAGUGUAUUUGGCAUAAUACCCUUAGUCUACUUGUUUACAUCAUUCAAAACGAUAUUACCAUGGAGCUGUGAGGGUAUACGCAAAUGGACGCAAGAGGAUGUUCUUGUAAGUUGUGGUAUGGAAAAUGAGAAUAGGGAAAAUCUCUGUCCAAAUGUUGAAGACGAUCAUUGUGAAGGAGGCUGCUAUCGCUCUGUGGCAUCAUCGUUGUACUUUUACAACCUUUUUGGUAAAUACCAUUUCCUGGGUUUGGAUAUUCACAUGUCCUGGCAUUUGGCCCUAAGUGUUCUACUAUUGUGGACCAUAAUUGCAAUGGUGUUUUAUAGAUUAUCUUCCACGGAAAAGAUUGGCCAAUUUAUACGGUAUUCGGUACAGCACAUUAUAUGUCUACUGAUGAUUUUUAUCAUCCGUUAUAGUUUUGAGCCCGGAACCUUGGCACACUAUAAACGCAUUUUCCAACCAAAUUGGAACGACUUCGUGUCGGAAAUGUCAAAAUUACCAGCAUAUGGUAUUUCUGCCUUUGGACCAGGAUGGGGUCUCUUCAUUACACUGUCAAGUUUUAAUAAAUUUCGUACGAAUAUCACAAGAAGUAGUUGGAUAAUCGGUAUUGGACAAAUGUUUGUUAUUUUCAGUUUGGAUAUGUUGGAGAAAUUCAUUAAUUUACACUUGAAAUCUUCAACCGAAGACCAUUACUUUCGACAACAGACACAAUUUGGAUCAUUUUUCUUAACCAGCGGUAGUUCAUUGGCAGCCUUGGAGUGGCCAAACGUUUGGUGUAUAUUGUUCUACGGUAUGUUAUUUUUAGCUACUGUAGUUUUAAUGGUAAUACAACUCCAUUCGAUAUUGACAAGUGUUUUCGACGAAUUUGUCUUUUUGCGUGAACAAAAAUUGUGUUGCACCCUUUACGUUAUAGCGGCAAUGGCUAUAUUGUCGCUUUAUUUUUCAUCAUUGAGUGGCUAUGAGUCAAGUGUAAAUUUAAUGCUGGAGACAUUUAUUAGUCAAUCACUGAUAAAUCUUCUUCUAAUACUCUUGGUAACCUGGAUCUAUGGACGUGAACGUUUUCAACGUGAUAUCUAUUUUAUGACUAGUAAACGUUUCGAUACAUUUGAUGUUUAUGUGCUAAGAUUUUUUGCACCACUGUGUAUUUUGGUGGUAAUGGUACAAUUUUUACAUUAUAAUCAUAUGAAUUUUUUUUUUGAGGUCGUCGUAUCAUUUUUAGUUCUCUUCAAUUAUGUCUUUAGCAGUCAAUCGACAAAUUGUUUUGAUAUUUUCAUGAAAUUGUUGCCAUGGUGCGCUAUUCCCGGCUCCGUUAUUUACACCCUGUACAGGUCACAGGGUACGCUGAAAGAACGUCUGUUGAAAUGUUGCCGCCCGAAUGAUUGGUAUCCCGUUGAAGCUGAAGAUCGUUUACGUUACGAAGAAACUGUAAAUAGUUCGAAUAUGUCGCAUCCAUUAACCGAUCUAAAGUGGGAUGAUGAUGUGUUUGAUGAUCAGAACAUUGAGGAGAAUUCGUAA